CUUACGUUGUGUAUGCGCUUUAGAUGCCCUCACAGGGCACUUGAAUGUCGCUAGCUGUGAACGCUCGCGCGGCCGACGGGUAUAAGCAGAUUACAUAGGACAUUUUAUUGGAGUCCGAAGCCUGUCUACCUAGCUCUAAAUUAAUUUAACUCCAACCAUCUCUUAAAUAGGAAAUACAAAGUGAAACAUUACAGGAUGAGGAAGUGAAUGUGCCGAUACAGAUCUUUUUUUCUAACAAGGCAGACCCAAGACUCAUUUUGUCGAAACUGUAGCCGCAUUUUCCGGUAUAUGAUUCUGGACUCGAGGAAGGAAUAAAGCCGGUAUUGGUAACUGAUUGUUUACCACAUUUUGUUUAAUGUAUUAAUCUUCUAAGGAGUUUUAUGACUAUGGAGCAAGGGAAGGGCUCUGGAACGGGGACCCCCGUCUAUUUAGAUAGUGGUGACGAGAAUCCUGAUAGUUACAAUAAAAUGAGAUAUCAUGCCAGUAAAAUGGACCUUAAUCUACGUAUUCUUCGAGAUCAAAUGACAAAUCUUCGGGAUAGUGGGGACGAGAUUUCCAGGCAGAUGGCAUCGAUGUACAGAAAUUUCCAAAAGGUGAAGGACGAUGACCGAGUGAGUGACGAGGGAGAUAGUGAGGACAGCGGGGACGACAACAUGCGUGAUCGCAGCUGCGUCGAUACGGAGGAUGACGUCAACCAAAUGACAGACUUAGAUGCUGAUGAAUCAAGUAUGUCAGCCAGGUUGGGACCACUACCAAAGGGACAGAUAGCUAACCUACAGCGCAAGAAAGCUGCACAGAACGGACGCGAUCAACCAGUCAAGAAUUCAAAUAGAGGCAAAGCAUAUAAUAACCAACGAGGUCAGAACAACCUGCCCAGUAUGAACAAUACAAAGUCAAGAGACAGUAACGCCAAUGAUGUAUCCUCGGAUAUAACAACCACAACUACGAGAAAUGUUCCUUUGAGCGGAAUGGAUGGAGAUGCUGAAGAUGAAUCUGAUGAGGAUACAUUGAGUGAGAGUGAGUGCAGUGGAAACUGUCUUUGUUGUUCAUCGAUUGCUUCCUACCAAGGCAUCCCAUGGACAAUUCGGCGGCCUAGUUCUGCUGAGACGACAGAAUAUGAUAGUGAUAGCUCAGAGUGCAGUGAUUAUGAAGACGAUCGUUACCGAUCUAAGAGAGCGCCGCUACACGCCCGUCUUAGUCCAUUUUUCCACCAGGAAUGCAGUCACUCAGAAAGUAGUUCACCUCUGGAUGAAGAUGUUGAAGAGGUUGAAAAGAGGCCAGUUAAGAGGAUGAGCCCUCUUGGGUGUGAAAGUCCAAGUAAAACCGAUGCUCUUCCGGAAGCCAAACGAGACAGCAAACCAAAAUCACCUGUCAAAGGGGCCAAGAGUAGCCCACCCAAACCAGCUCCAAAGCCUGCCAGCAAACCAACUCCACCAGCUCCAAAAGCUAAACCAGAAAAAUCAAAAGAAAUAGUGAAACCAGAACGAAAAGAAAAGGACAAGACACAAAAGCAAGAAGUUAGUUUAUCGGAAGCAGUCGCACUUGGGGCUGUGGCAAGGUCAGAAAAAUCUGUAGAAAAAUCAAAGAAGAAGAGUGAAGAUAAUACAGAGUCUAGCAAGCAAAAAAGCAGACACGUGUCGAAAACAGCUAUAGUGUUGCUUGACCCUGAGGCAGAAUUUAAAGAUGGGGAUACAAUAAAGAAGAAAUCAAAUUUCCUUCCGCAGCAACAGCCGAUAGAAGUCCCAUUGUCUUAUGUUGAUAAAAAUGGUAGAAUCACUCUCACACCAGAUCCCAAGCUUGCUCCAGAAGCUUAUAAAGCAGGAAAAACUAUUACAUUUAGGGUAAGGGCUGCAAGCAGUAAUAAUGCCCCAUCUACUCCAGAUGGAUCAAUGAUUUUUACUCCAACCUCGCCAGGGACCAAGCCAACCUUCGAUAAUCCGCCACCAAUGCCACAGCCAACAGUGAAGCCAGUCCUUGGCAAGACCGUCCUACGGGUGGGAUCUACAGAGUCACCACCAGUUAGUCUGUCAGCAGGAGAGAUAGGCCAUGAACAUCAAAUCCAGGUGAGUCCUGAAGGAAUAAUCCGACUCAGCAAGCGCACACCUGUCCCCAUGCAAGUUUUUCUGCCACAGUUUCAACAACAGCAGUCUCAGCAGCAGCCAGCGACAAUAAGGCUAACUAGUGGUGGAGCCACCUCUGGAGGGAGUGAUUCGUGUCCCAGUUGUCAUCGAAAAGCUAGUCCUGGUUUAGUACAACAACACAGUCAGCCAGCUACAAAUGUGGCAGGCAAUGUCAGAGUUAUCCACAUGUCACCUGGCAUCACACCUUCACCUGUCCAGCCUGCCCAGCCUCAACAACAGAGUCGUGUUCAGGUCAUCCAGCGACAAAACUCCAUGGGUUCACCAAUAGGAUCACCACCCGUGGAAGGUCAGCAUGUAAUGGUUCAGCAACAGUCAACCCAGGCACCUCAAAGGCAUGGUCAACACAUAGUGAUCAAAAGACAAGAUUCGGGUAAUCUUCAGUUCCAGGUGCAGCCAGAGCAGCAGAUGCAACAACAAAUUGGGUAUCAACGACAGAUCUAUCCGCAGCAAAGUUACACUCAGCAGACUGGCUAUCCACAAGAGGUCUAUCAACAACAAAGCUACUCCCAACCAGGCUAUUCCAGUCCCCAAGUUCAGUUGCAAAGUGAUAGCAUAUCAAUACCGAUCCAGCAAGGCAACCCAACCUAUCACCGGCAGGUAAUCCAUCAGUCUGGGCCUCAUCAACAGGUUCAACCCCAGGUUCAGCAGGUCCAAACGCCAAGCAGCUCUGGAGUAACCACCAUCAGAUUUGGGGAUGGUGCACCCAUCAAGGUCACACCAGGACAAGGAAUGCGAUUCGUCAUUAAUCCAAAGUGAGUUAUACAGUAUAUGGCAUAAGUAAAGAAAAAGAAAUAAAUUCAAAUAAAAUUUAGCGUGGUAAGAGGGACUCUUGGUAAUGAAAGCAAAGAACUGUUAAACAUGUGUAAUGUUGCCAUUUCUCGUGUAAGAGUUUCAAAGGUUUUCUACAUGGAAUCGAUUUCAUUGAAAUUUUCGAUUUUUUCACCAUUUAUUUUGUAUAGAUGAUUUUGAAGUUGCAAAGUAAACCACAGUAGUUCAAUGAAAGUCUUAUUGGAAGAUGAUCUAAAGCUAAAAGAGAUUGGCAUUCCAUCUGUCUUAUUAAGACCUAUAAACGUGCGUUGUAAAUUUUGUCUAAAAAACAUAUAAAUAAUAGUUUUUUAAAGAAAAAUUAGACUUGAUGAUGUUGAUAAGUGAUCAGUCGCCAUAGACAUGAUUGAUGUGUUUGUAAAACUCAAUUAAAAAUAAAUUGUCUUAAAUUUGUCUUUAUUCUAUACCUGGACUGAUGUCAAUUAUGAUUACAUUUUUCAAUCGUUUUUAACACACAAAAGAGAUCUUAGUCGUACUCAAACAGAAAUAAUGGAAAUGACUGAAAAUAUUUGUUAACUGUGCUUUAUCUUUACAAUUUAGUUAAGAGUAACAAAGUUCUAUCGAUAUGCGGGAAGAUUUGGUUUUCGACUACCAUGGUAAAGAGAAGUAAAUUUGCAUAAAAUUCUGUAAAACGACGGAGAUUUACGAUUUCAACGCCAACUGGUUUAUUAUUCCAGUCCAAUUUGAGGGAUGUAUAUGCAUGAAACGAUUUUCAUUUUGAUUUUUUUUUGUUUAUGUAAGAUAAUAGAAAAGACUCAAACCCGCAGAAUUGGAACAUUUAUUAACAAACCAUUAUUUUGCUAAAAUUAAUGAAUUUGUUCUUAUAUGUUUAUUCAAAGUUUUUUUUUUAUUUAUCAAUUUGUAACCCAGGUAAUACCAUUCUGUUGACUGGUUUAAUCUUAGUGUUUUGAUUGAAUUAAUUUCAUCUUUUUUUAAACUCUGAACAAAAAAAAAAUACAUGUAAUUAUUUCAUUCUCGUCCCUGUUAUCAUUUGAAUUCAAUAUUAAGUUAUUUUUUAUUGGUUAAUGAUGUGAGUUUUUACAGAGUAAGUAAAUUGAUAUCACAUCAUUGGAAUGUAUAGCUGUACACAAUAAUGUAUAUUACAGUAGUUUACUGAGGAGUUACAAUAAAAAGGAUAUGUAAUUAUGUCAUGAAUAGUACCUUCAUUUGAAUGAUGAUAUCGAAAAAUAGAAAAAUGAAAAUGUAUGAAUAUUGGGAAGUUUUAAGUAUGUACAAAUCAAUGUAAGCAAUAGACAGUGUACAUACGAGAAUAGUCAGGAUAGCUGUUUCAUUAUGAGAGGGGAGAGGUUUGUGCAAUUUAUAUAAAAUUUCCGAUUUGUAAGAUAUUGAUGUAACAUGAC